UACUACACUGAAUGUUUGUAUGAUGCAUGCGGUUGUGACCGAGGAGGUGAUUGUGAAUGUUUGUGUACUGCUAUCAGUAAUUUUGCUGAAGCCUGUAAUAGAGCUGGUCAACCAGCUAAAUGGAGACACAACAGACUUUGUCCAAUUCAAUGUGAAUAUGGUAGUGUAUAUACACCAUGUGGUUCCCCUUGCCCUAAGACAUGUGAUGAUCCCUUUGGU